AUGCGCGAGCGCUUUGCAACAGUCGUGUUGAUCGUUUUCUUCUUCAUUGGCAUUGGCUCGUCGCUGCCAUGGAACGUGUUCAUCACGGCGCAGAGCUAUUUCCAGCACCGGCUAUCGGGUACCACGUACGAAGACUCGUUCCUCAAUUGGUUCAGUAUGGCCUUCAACGUGAGUACGCUCAUGACGAUGCUCGUGCGCACGGCGGUGAUUGCCGAGCGCAUGACGAGUGCCGUGCACACGGUCUUCUUCGCUCUGGUGGUUAUCAUGGGCGUCAUGUCCAUGCACUGCGCCUGGACGCGCAUGCCGGAAUUCCAAGGGUACUCGUUCUUUCAUAUGACUGUGAUUAGCAUUUUGCUCGUCGCCUGUGCUUCAACACUGAUGCAAGAAGGACUGCUUCGCAUUGUCGCGACGUUUCCAGCUCGGUACACUCAGGCGGUCGUAAGCGGUCAGAGUUUUGCUGGAUUGGCAGUGUCGCUGUCGAAUUUCGUCAUUCUGUGGGCAGGAGGCGAUAGGGACGUCGCUUCGGGGCGCGACUUGCACGCAAGUGCCGACCUGAGCGCGUUCACGUACUUUGCGCUCGUGUUUCUCACGCUGGUGCUCUGUCUGCUGUCGUUUGCUGCACUCACGCGCAUGCACUUGUUCCGUCACUACCAGCGGGCAGAGUGUUCCAGUCCAUCGGUGAAAGACGACAACGAGGACGCAGCUUUGAGUGAAGCCGAGACAAUUGACACGUUCGAUGCGUCUCCACGGGAACGACUGCUGGGCGAAGCAGCCACGAGCCCAAAGGUCGACAUGCUGCACAUUGCCUACAAGAUCCGCUUGUACGCGGCGGCGACGUUCAGUAUCUUUCUCGUGACGCUCAGUGUCUUCCCUGGUGUCACGUCGGCGAUCAAGCCGGUGCACCCGAAGCACAGUCUCUUUGACGCCAAGUUGUUCACGCCGUUCACGUUGAUAUUGUUCAACUCGUCGGACUUUGUCGCGCGGCUGUCGGCGUCCUGGUGGCCCGAGCUCGGCCAGAAGAAGCUCUUGCUCGCGAGCAUUGCGCGAGCGCUCUUUGUCCCGCUUUUGAUGCUCUGCAACCUGCAGAACAAGUCGCAUCAAGUGGUCACGACAGUAAUCUUCCAGAGUGACGUGCUGGCUCUGCUGUUCAUCGCCAGUUGCGCCUACACGAACGGACUGCUGUGUACAUUGGCGUUUAUGGAGUACCCGCGUUUGUUCCACAAGAACGCAGAGAAGGAACUGGGCGGCAGUAUCGUCUUUUUCAUGCUAUCGGUGGGGCUUACAGCAGGUUCGCUCAUGUCGUUCGUGCUUUGUGCCCUGUUGAAGCCAUAA